UCAAGCAUGCCCAGAGUAGCAGGAGACAACAGCAGGAGGGAGCCAGCAGAACUUCUACCUUUCAAAAAGCUUCUGAAUGUUCUCCCUGCACAGAUUACCCCUCCGUGUCUACCACUCAUAGACCCAUCACAACACCCUUGACAUUCCAGUCCGGUUUGCAGAACAUCUUGGAUUUGCUCCUCGGCGCCCAGGCUUUCCUUCGGCAUGAACUGUGUGGCAAACUUCUUCACCUAUGAAACCACCAAAUCGGUGGUGGUAAAAAGUUGGACCAUCGGCGUGAUCAACCGGGCCGUCCAGUUGCUGAUCAUUUCCUACUUCAUUGGGUGGGUGUUCUUGCACGAGAAGGCCUACCAGAUAAGAGACACCUCCAUUGAGUCCUCCGUGGUAACCAAGGUGAAGGGCUUUGGCAAGUACAGUAACCAGGUCAUGGACACGGCUGAUUAUGUUACGCCUCCACAGGGAACGUCGGUCUUUGUGAUCAUCACCAAACUCAUCGUGACAAAGAACCAGUUCCAAGGCGUCUGCCCUGAUCCGGGGUACAAGUGCAAGUGGGACAAAGACUGCAAGAAGCCCGUCCCCACCGCCACGGGAGCAGGGAUCCUGACGGGCCGAUGUGUGAAUUACAAUUCCACUUUCCAGACCUGUCAGAUCCAGGGUUGGUGCCCAGCAGAGGUGGACAAUGUAAACGUACCUGUCAUGCUAGAAGCAGAAAACUUCACCCUCUUCAUUAAGAACAGCAUCCGUUUCCCCCUGUUCAAUUUUGAAAAGGGAAACCUCCUACCCAACCUCACAGCUGAAGAUAUCAAGAGAUGCCGCUUCAACCCGGUGGAGCAACCAUUCUGCCCCAUCCUGCGCCUUGGGGAUAUAGUGAAAUUUGCUGGGCAAGACUUUGCCCAAUUGGCUGACACAGGUGGGAUAAUAGGGAUCAAGAUCGGAUGGGUGUGUGACCUGGACCAUUCGUGGGAUCGCUGCGUCCCCAGCUAUUCAUUCAACCGGCUUGAUGGUGUCUCUGAAAAGAACAAAGUCUCUAAUGGAUACAAUUUCAGAUAUGCCAAGUACUACAAGCAAGAGAAUGGCACAGAGUUCCGCACCCUCAUGAAAGCCUUUGGCAUCCGCUUUGAUGUUCUGGUAUACGGGAAUGCUGGGAAGUUCAACAUCAUCCCAACCCUCAUCAACACAGUGGCAGCCUUCACGUCUGUUGGGGUGGGGACAGUCUUGUGUGACAUUAUUCUCCUCAACUUCCUGAAGGGAGCAGAUCAGUACAAGGCCAAGAAAUUUGAAGAGGUGUCAGAGAAAGUGUUGCAUCCAGACACUUCUGGAAGCCCCAUUUACCAGAACAACCAGACCCUGGGACGUCGUUGUGAGGAGAAACAGUCAACUGAUUCAGGCACUUUCUCAAUUGGACUCUAGCAAACAGACAUGUGAAGAGGACAUUAACAAAUUUUCUACAUCUGUCUGCUGUCAUGGGUGCUGCCCCACAUAACAGCCCUUCAAUUUGAAUCCUUCUGUCACAUCGCACCACUGGGGUUGAGGAAACUGGUUGGUUGGUUGGUUUCAGUUUACUGUGUGCUUCCCAUUUCUUUCUCCCUCUCCCUCUCUGUUUUUUUCUCAGUUUCACAUCAUGGCCCACCUCUCCCAGGGAAGCUUGUGAGUCUUAACUUGUCAGAGACUCAUAUCCCCUCUCACCUCUUCCUUGAGAAAAUAGCCACAACAAAAAGUGUUACUUAAAGAAAAGGAGAUUUCUGUGUCACCAACACCAGUGCAUUAAAAGCGGGGGUGGGGUGAUCAUCCAAAAAAACUCUUAAGAGUUCCAGUAGAACUGGAAAAUGUAUCACUGGAAAACUGCUUUUCACACUGAACCCAUGAAUCUCAGAUUCACUAUGGGAUGGCAUGGCAGCAGCAUCACAUCUGCACCUCGAGAGCUGAGCUGUACCAUGUGGUGACAUUACAUAAGAACACCUAAAUUCCCAACUAGACCAGCAUCCUAGUCUCACAGUGGCCAGACAGAUGCCUAUGGGAAGCACGCAUGCAGGACUUGAGUGCAGCAGUCCUCUCCCCACUUGGGAAUUCCACCAACAGGAAUACAGGAGCAGUCAGUGGAGGUUGGACAGAGCCCUGAUGGCUAGCAGCCAUUGAUAACACUCAACCUCUUUUAAAGCCAUUCAACUUGGUACCAUCAUUACAUCUAGUGAUAGCAAAUGUCAUACUUUAACUGUGCAGAAUGGAGAGGUUCUUCCUUUUGUUUCUCCCAAAUUUUCCAAUAUUUAACUUACUGGAUGGCUGAGUUCUAGUAUUAUGAGAGAUGUUUUCUCACUUGACCUUUGCGUUGAUCCAUGUGACAGUAUUUUAUGCAGAGAUGGAGAAGUUUAAAACACUGUCAUAAGGAUCAACACAAAGGUCAUGUGAGAGGGUGGUGGUUAGAGAGCUUUGACCACUCCCUUCGCCUACCAAAUGGCCAGGCCUUUUGGGCAAAGUGAUGGAAGUUUCUGAAUAAAAAUUAAAAUGCAUGCGUAAUCUAUGAGGCAAGAAAACAUGGAUGUGCUGUAAAU